CUUGGAAAGUAGUAAACCUUUCUUUUCUUUUCUGAUGGACGGAUUUAAGCUUCGUUGACUGCGAGGAUGUUGCUGCUUUACCUGUUGACGAUCUAUAGGACCCCGGUAGAUGGCCAGAACCAUGCGGUCACUACUACUUCUACUAUGUUAGAUUUGAUCUAAUCUGACAACUUCAGUGGCAGCGUCUCAAACAUAGACAGAUGUUUGGCUGUAGAGAUGAAAGUGAGCACAAGGUUUCAGCAGCAGGUGAAGACAACAAACAUCUGAACAAUGUGAUGGCUAGCAAAUCAAACGACAGCUCCCAGGUGAAGGCCUGCCUUUGUCCAGACGAGGAGCCAGAAAACGUCAAACCCAGAAAUGACGGCGCAUCCAGAGCGGAAGUGGAGCCCGUUAAGACGGAGGACUCCGGCUGCGGCCACAGCUGCUCCUCCACCUGUGGAGCCUCCUGCACCGCCGCCGUGCGGCGUCGACGGGUCGAGGGCCGCGAGCGGCCGAGGGAGGAGGCGGGCGCGUGCUGCCCCCUGCAGGAUCUGAAGCGGCUCCCGCAGUGCCGCCCCCCGCUGGGAGAGCUGCGCUUCGGCCGCGCGCACACCGUCCUCGUUGACGUGCGACUCGUCCCGCAGCGCUUCGUGGCUCAGGACGGCAGAGACGUGUGGAGCAGCAACGUGGUGAAGAUGCCAUGUUCACCGUCAAGUUCGAUGGUUAAGUCUGGAUGGACGGGAAGUGGCCCGGUGGAGAGGUGGAAGGUGAUCUCCAAACACCUGGGAGCUCUGUCCAGCCGGAGCGAGGCAGACGUGGCUGACGUGCAGAAAGCCAUCAUGAAAUACAACCCGAAGUACGAGAAGCAGUGGCUGUUUGACAGCCUCGCCAGCUUCGUCAAGGUCAUACCGAAGGAAGACAACUACCUCCCCUCUCUGUUCCCAAAGAUGGCAGCGCUGGCCCUGAAGCUGCCAGAGCACGUGAAGAAGGCCAUCCCUCUACUGAGCGCCGGGCGCACUGCGGCCGUCACGCUGUCACAGGUCCAGAUCUCCUGUCUGCUGGCCAACGCCUUCUUCUGCACCUUCCCUCACCGCAACGCCUGCGGGGCCCACACGGAGUACUGGGGCCUCCCCAGCAUCAACUUCACCAGCCUGUUUGGAAAGACCUCACAACGCAAGAGGCAGAAGCUCCGGGCCAUCAUGCAGUACUUCAAAGAGGUGACCGACUCUCCACCGAGGGGCCUGGUGACGUUCGAGAGGCGCUGCCUCAGCAACGCGGAGCUGCCCGACUGGACCAGCUCCAAGAAGAAGCUGCUGCAGCUGCACGUGACCUCUCAAGGCAGCAUCGAAGACGACGGCGUAGGGAUGCUGCAGGUGGACUUCGCUGCCAGUCUGGUCGGCGGCGGUGUGCUGAACUCCGGCCUGUUGCAGGAGGAGAUCCUGUUCCUCAUUCACCCGGAGCUGAUUGUGUCCCGUCUCUUCACUGAGAGGCUCGGAGACAACGAGUGCCUGAUCAUUACAGGCUGCCAGAAGUUCAGCAUCUACUCUGGAUUCGGUGACCGCUUCGAGUGGGUCGGGCCGUGUGUGGACUCCGUAGGCAGAGACGAGUGGUUCCGGCUGCAGAGGCAGAUCGUGGCCAUGGACGCGCUGCACUUCAAACACCCCAGUGAGCAGUACGACGUGAGGAAGGUCCAGCGGGAGCUGAACAAGGCCUACUGCGGCUUUAAGAAGGUCGGAGCGGGUGAACCAGACGUCGCCACGGGCAAGUGGGGCUGCGGCGCCUUUAACGGAGAGCCACAACUCAAAGCGCUGAUCCAGCUGAUGGCGGCGGCCGAAGCCGGCAGAGGACUGGCCUUCUUCACCUUCAGGGACGAGAAAACCAAGCGGGACGUGGAGCAGAUGUACAAGCUGCUGGUCAGAGAAGACGUCACAGUCGGUCAACUCUACGCACUGAUCCAGGACUACUGUAGGCUGCGCACACAUGGGGGUUCAGGUGUGGAUCUGCUGCAGUUCAUCACCCUCAGGUCCUCCAGGAGCCAGCUGUGAGGAUCCCACUGCAACUGGAUCCACUACAGAUCUGGUUUAGUUUAUGCCUCAAGAACAAAACAGUCCAGUGUAAAAAAAUGGUUGAUGCUGUAAAGUCAUGACUGGGUAGAAAACCUUUGUCAGUGAUGCCGAGCUUCGUCAUGAAGCACAUUGAUGGUAUGAAUUUAACGACUUUAACAAACUGAUGAAAGCAUCGUGAACAGUGGCAGUGUAAUAAAGCCACAGUUCACUUCAAACUGAGGUCGGAGACUGAACCUGAAUGCAUCACGGUCGAUCAAAGCUGUGUGAAACACGUGAUUCCAGGAGCCGUAGCUUCAACAAGAACUAGAAUCUUUAUUUAUGGAAAACACACAACAUAAUGUGAAUAAAUACGUUGUCACAUGCA